GGGAGGGGAGGGGAUGCAGCGAGCCCCGGCAGGCUCAGGAGCCGGGCAUGAGCGGCGGGGAGCGGCCGGGAGCGGGGCAGAGCUCGGCCCGCACCCUCCCGGCCAUGAGCGGCUCCCCCGGGCCGGCCCCGCAGCCCCGAGCCGGCCCCUCCAGGCCCCGCACGUCCUUCCUCAUCCAGGACAUCCUUCGGGACGGGCCCGAGAGCGCCGGGAGCGGGGGGAAUGCGGAGCUGGGAGCGGCCAGCGAGGAGCGCGGAGGGGUCAGCCCAGCACCGGGGCUCCCCCACGGGGGUCCCCAGCCUCCCGGAGCCUCUGGGACACCCCCGGGACCAGACACAGACGCGCCCAUGGAGCCGUUCCUGUCCGGCUGCACCUCCACUGUGCACCCGCGGCCUCCCAGGCAGGGAAAACGUUCCCGAGCUGCCUUUUCCCACAGCCAGGUGAUCGAACUGGAGCGGAAAUUCAGCCACCAGAAAUACCUGUCAGCCCCGGAGAGAGCGCACCUGGCGCGGCACCUGCAGCUCACCGAGACCCAGGUGAAGAUCUGGUUCCAGAACAGGAGGUACAAGACCAAGAGGAAACAGGUGGUGACCGGGAUGAGCCGCUUGGACUCGCACCAGGAUCCGCCAGAAUUCCCAGGAAUGUCGCUGCUGUCGCUCAGGGGAACCUGGCCUUACCUGCCCUGCCUGUACUACGUCAAUUCCUGGAGCCCCUCCUGGUAGAAAUGGGUUUUUUUAGCUCCGUUGGUGUCCCAGGGCUCCCGAGGAUCCCGAAUUCCAGCAGGGAAGGACAGCUCCUCUCCACUGUUGCAAAAUGUUCCCAUCCCUGCUCUUAUCCAGCAACAAAAAUCCCUUUCUCGACCUCAAAGCUGGGAAUACACCCCCACUCCCCCCUCCCGAGGGCACCUCCUGCCCAAAUCCCAAGGAUUUCACUCCCAGAGCCUCGGGAUGCCGCUGAAAUCCAGGCACAGAAUUUAACCCACAACCGCCGGGAAAGAGCUCGGAGCUUCCCGCAGGUCACGGCCUGGAGUGGGAAUGGGAAGGGCUGGGAA